AUGUCGUUUCCAGUCGCUCUACAGUCCGCCAUCUUCUACCUUGUUGCAUGUACACCAUGCGCAAAGGUUCGGCACAGGCAAAAGGCUAGAGAUAUCGCAAAGAAAGAGAGGCUAGAGAAGGCAAAGUUGGAGACAGAACAACCAGGGCUUUAUCGCCACCCGUCGCCUUUCAAUACAAAUCCAUACUGGCAGGAGGAGAUCGACAUGGGUCCGAGCCUUCCCAAGAAAUCAGUUUCCAAGAACUCGAGCCAGAGAGGCCUCACUAGUAGCUCAGAUCGAGAAAGUCAAGCGCCGAGUAUGUCGGAACACAUCAACGUCGGAGACAGUUUUAGCAUCACCAGAGUAGACGAAGAGGAUAUUCCUAGCGACUGGAAUAGGAAAAAGGGCUACCAAAGGGAGGACGAAGAACUCUGGGGCCAGUGGUCGGGACAUAAAAUCAAGGAUGCUCUUUCAAAAGCUAAGGACUCAGCCGGCAGGUUAGUAGAGUCAGCUCUGGGUAACAAGGAAGUCAGUGAACAGGAGCGACGGGCAUUCUACACUACCCCCCGAAACCCUCCUGUGAAUGACUUCCAUCCGCCUGUGGUCAGCAGCAAGCCAGCGCAUAAAGAUGCACACAAGUGGAUGCUGCAGCCACCACCCUCGGCCAAGGUCAUGGAAGGCAAGAUCCCUGUUAGCCGGGCCGUGAGCUCUGGCAGCAAAUCAAGUGGCAUGACGUUAGUGGGAGAGGAUGCCAGCAUGUCGCGAACGACGUCUGAGAAGAAGAGGAACGAGCCCACCGAAUCCGAACUGAUUGACUCGCUCUUUGUUACUCGCAGCAACCAGACAAUUCCACGCAGCAGAAGCAUGUCCUUUGAUCGAUCCGACGAUACCCUCGAAAACCACUACGAGCGUCGGCGAACCCCAAGAAUGCGGCCACUAGCUGUUCCUCCUGGCUGGGAUGCUGAUGACGACGAUGUUGAUCCCAUUGCGGCCCCUCCUAUGGCUAAGACGUUGUCCAAUAGCCUCACGGUUAACCACGCUGCUCAGCGACCUAAGCUGGAAACUAUACCCAGCACUGAUGCUGCUGGUGCUAACCGCGAACUUUCAAAGAAGACAAAGAAGUCGCGAUCUAAGCGCACCAGGCUUGACGCGACGUCUCCUGUUGGCGACGAUUCCGACUGA